AUGAAAUCCACCAUUAAACAUUAUAUUGAAUCUUGUCCUUGGUGUAAACAAUAUAAUGUCACUUGUUAUAAGAGAGACGGACAUUUACGUCCUAUAGCUCCACCUGAUGGACCUUUUCUUUUAAUUGUGAUAGACUAUUGUGGUCCGUUAAAACGAACACCGCGGGAAAAUCAGUAUGUUCUCGUAAUGACGGACCGCUUUUCCCGUCAUAUAACCGUACUAGCUCUUCUCAAUUCCACUGCUGAAACUACCGCACAGGCUCUAUUUAACGAGUAUUUUUGCAAAUUUGGAAUUCCGGCUGUAAUUCUUAGUGACCAAGGACCACAUUUUCGCAAUCAGCUAAUUGGUAAUAUUAAAAUUCUCAUCGGCUAA